CUUUCUGCCUAUACUGUAUGUCCAUUUUUCGCGAUAUGUUCCAGAUUGGAUGAUCAACUUGCGAAACGGAUUAGCGCCACGUGUUACUCCACGUCCGCCUAUCUGGACGACACGGUUCCAUUCGUACCAGUAACCCAGUUCAAGUUGGUCCACGUUUGCGAAAAUUUCACGGAUCGCGUCCAAAUCUUGGAGAUUUCCAUCCGUGGCGAAAACACGAUACGUAUAAUCCACCAAGUUUUAGCUAACGGAUGCCCCAAUUUGAAACAGUUGCGAAUAAGUUGUAAAUUUGGGACAAAUCUGCAGAAUUCAAUUGUACUCGGGCCACUACUGCCGAAACCUUAUUUGACCUUGUUCGCCCUCACGUGCAACAUGGUACCGAGCACACUUGUUGCCCCCUUUAUCCAACUGGUUAUCACUGCCGCGCCGAACUUAACAAAGGUCACCCUUUCAUGGGGAUUUUUUCCAAAUUUCGUAAAUUCAAAAUAUCUCGACUCCUUGACCAUCGCUGUGGACCACAUGGAACAGAAGCACCUCACACACAUUGCCCUUUCCGAACUAUCCCGGAUCCUGGACCAAGUCAGCUUCCGGCUCGUCUCCCUAUUUUUUGUGAACCUUAACCCAUUCCUAAAGCAGGAGCAGGAUUGCGUUGUCUCAGACUCUGAAUUCCAACUGCUGCGAAAGAUACUUCCGAAAUUACGCAAUUUUCGGAACGAGUUGCCACAAAUUUUCCUAUCCGAAGACAUCCAAGGAAACCUAACUGCUCUGAAAACGCUCAUGAUUGGAAACCAUUCUAUAACGCCGCAAGAAUUGUAUUUCUUUUCACUUCCAUUUCCAUUAAUAUGGUCGGUAAUAGGGCUGCAAAAUCCGUUCUGAAUUUUCAAAUCCGGAUUUCGGAUUAUCCGGCUUCGUUUGAGCCGGAUUUCCGGAUCCGGAUUUAAAUCAUUUAUUGAUAUUAUCAAGUUCCGUGAUAAUUGAACGAGUUUGACAGAUGUCGAAUACAUACUUCUUUACCAUAUUCAAUCGUAAUUUAAGCUUUUCUCAAAUUUGCAUCAUGGUUUAUAACUUUUUGACCAUGGACAUAGUUUCCUGGUAUAUUUUUAAGUUGAUGGACUAAAAAUUUCAAAAAAGGUGAGUUUGAUAUCGAAUAUGGUAAAAUAGGUAACUACCUGGGAUGAAUAACGUAAGCAACAUUUUUUUAAAUUUACACUUUUCCCAACAAUUUGUAUCUUUACAGUGCACAUGAAAAUUAGUUUUUAAAUUAAGGAAAUCCGGAUUCAUUCCAAAAUGAAAUCCGGGUAAUUAAUUAUUAUUAUUAAUAUGAGAAUAGUUAGAAAAUAGAACAUGCUUCCUUAUCAUAUAAUAAAUGAUACAUCUGUAGAAUACGAACCUACAUAUUAAUAUUAUUAUUCGUAAUAUCAUCUAAUUAAUAAAUGUAAGAAAUUUGUUUAAUGCACAACUCGUUUGCAAAUAUGUAUGUAAGUACUAUGAAACGUGAGCUUUAGACUCACGGAUCUGCAGUUCAACUACACCAACGUAUUUAUGUGCGUACAUACAUAUGUAGCUAUAAUUCCGAGCGAAAAAAAAUCUGAGAAUCACUUUUGCAAAAUUUUGAACUAUUUUUUAAAAUUGAAAUACAUUGAGAUUUUG